AGGCGGUGGCGGCGGCGGUCGUGGCUGCGGCCGGGGGAAGUGAAUGGUUUUACCCAGAGGGCCCUGCGCCGCCUUUCUCCGCUGGCACCGGCGCCGCUCCCUGCUCCUCCUUCCCGGCCAUGGCGUUCACGUUCGCGGCCUUCUGCUACAUGCUGGCGCUGCUGCUCACCGCCGCGCUUAUCUUCUUCGCCAUCUGGCACAUUAUAGCAUUUGAUGAACUGAAGACUGAUUACAAGAAUCCCAUAGACCAGUGUAAUACCCUGAAUCCUCUCGUACUUCCAGAGUACCUCAUCCAUGCUUUCUUCUGUGUCAUGUUUCUUUGUGCAGCAGAAUGGCUUACGCUGGGUCUCAAUAUGCCCCUCUUGGCAUACCAUAUUUGGAGGUAUAUGAGUAGGCCAGUGAUGAGUGGACCAGGACUCUAUGACCCUACAACCAUCAUGAAUGCAGACAUUUUAGCGUAUUGUCAGAAAGAAGGCUGGUGCAAAUUGGCUUUUUAUCUUCUAGCAUUUUUUUACUACCUAUACGGCAUGAUCUAUGUUUUGGUGAGCUCUUAGAACAACACACAGAAGAACUGGUCCAGUAAGUGCAUGCAAAAAGCCACCAAAUGAAGGGAUUCUAUCCAGCAAGAUCCUGUUUCCAAGAGUAGCCUAUGGAAUCUGAUCAGUUACUUUAAAAAAUGACUCCUUAUUUUUUAAAUGUUUCCACAUUUUUUUGCUUGUGGAAAGACUGUUUUCAUAUGUUAUACUUGGAUAAAGAAUUUAAAUGGAAUUACGUAUAAAUUAAUAUAAAAUGAUACCUCUGGUGUUGACAGGUUUGAACUUGCACUCCUUAAGGAACAGCCAUAAUCCCUUGAAUGAUUGCAUUAAUUAUUGACUAUCCUUAGUCCAUUGGAAGCUUUUGUUUAUAGGAACUUGUAGGGCUCAUUUUGGUUUAUUGAAGUGCCAUCUAAUUAUAAAUUAGCUGUAGAUAUCAGGUGCUUCUGAUGAACUGAAAAUAUAUAUCUGACUUGUGGGAAACUUCAUGGGUUUCCUCAUUUAUCAUGUAUGUGAUUAUAUAUGGACACAUUGACAAAAUAAGAAGAGUGGGAUUUUCUCCCCUUCAACUUGAAUAUUAUCCCUGUAUAUUGCAUGAGUGAGAGAUUUCCCAUUAUUUCCAUCAGAGUAAUAUACUUGCUUUAAUUCUUAAGCAUAAGUGAACAUGAUAUAAAAAUAUAUGCUGAAUUACUUGUGAAGAAUGCAUUUAAAGCUAUUUUAAAUGUGUUUUAAUUUGUAAGACAUUACUUAUUAAGAAAUUGGUUAUUAUACUUAAUGUUCUAAUCUGGUGGUAAAGGUAUUCUUAAGAAUUUGCAAGUACUUUAGAUUUUCAAAACUGAAUGAGAGAGAACAUUGUAUAACCGUCCUGCUGUUCCUUUAGUGCAAUACAAUAAAACUCUGAAAUUAACUUAUUUUCAGUGCAUUGUUUUAAAGAUUACAAAUAGCUAUUUCUUACACUUGCUUAAUCCAUAAUAAAGACAUAUUACUGUCAGUUUUUAAAAAAA